AUGGAAGCCAACUUCGCCAUCCCUCCUAAUGGAUCGGAAGUGUUGUUCUAUGAAUCUACCAGCUCCACAGUUCUAUGGAUCAUCUCUGUCAUAGUCCUCUCCAUAACUUUUAUCCUCGGUGUGCUAGGUAAUGGGCUUGUGAUUUGGGUGGCUGGGUUCCAGAUGAUCCACACUGUGACCACCAUCUGUUAUAUGAACCUGGCUUUGAGUGACUUCUCUUUCAUGGCUACACUACCAUUCCACAUCAUCUCAAUGAUCAUGGGAGGAAAAUGGCUUUUUGGUUGGUUCCUUUGCAAAUUUGUUCACAGCAUUGUACACAUAAAUCUUUUUGUAAGUGUGUUCCUGAUCACUCUCAUUGCCACAGAUCGGUGUCUUUGUGUCUUGCAUCCAGUAUGGUCUCAGAAUCACCGAACUGUGAGUCUGGCCAGGAAACUGGUUGUUGGAGUUUGGAUAUUUGCUCUGCUGCUUACCUUGCCACAUUUUCUCUUCUUGACAACAGUGAGAGAUGUAAGAGGAGACAUGUACUGUUCAUGUAACUUUGAGUACUGGGUUGCAAACCCUGAGGAACAGUUGAAAGUGUCUGUUAUUGUUACAACAGCUUCAGGAAUCAUGAAUUUCAUUAUUGCAUUCAGCAUGCCCAUGUCUUUCAUUGCUAUCUGCUAUGGACUCAUGGCUGCCAAGAUCUGUAGAAGCAGUAUUGUGAGUUACACCCGUCCCUUACGUGUCCUCACAUCUGUAGCGGCUUCCUUUUUUGUCUGUUGGUUUCCUUUUCAAUUGAUUAUGCUUUUAGGAAACAUCUGGAAAAAGGAGACACCAGAAGGCCUUCACAUAUUGGUCAACCCAGCAAGCACCCUGGCCACCUUCAAUAGCUGUCUCAACCCAAUACUCUAUGUAUUCCAGGGUCAAGACUUCAGAGACAAACUGAUCCAUUCUCUGUCUUCCAGUCUAGAGAGGGCACUGAGGGAAGAGUAG